AAAAGAGAGAAACAAAAUGGCGAAAAAGAUUUCACAGUCGGAACUCCGUCUCAUGAUGCAGAAGAUGAAGGCGGAGAAAGGCGGAGGGAAGGAUAAACUGAAAAAGUAUAAAUUGAGUUCGAGAGAGCUUGCUUUAAUAGAGGACGAGAAAAAACGAAAGGCUGAAGAGCAAAAUGAGGAAAAGCGCAAAAUCGCACGCAGUGCCGGAGUACCGGAGAACUUUUUCGACGCGGCGAAAACUAAAGCUUUUCUAAAUCUAAACAAAGCUCCCCAGAAAUCCAUUUUGAAGAACAGUCGACCCACUCCAGCUAAUACCACCGCCCCGAAGGCGAAUAGUAAAGCCGACGGCAAGGAAUGGAUUUCAAGUGAACCUGUUUUAAACAAACACUCUUUUAAAACUCCUGCCGGAGGCUCUAUAAAACACCUGGAGGAGGAAGGGGAAGGAGUCCCCUCGGACUUUUUUGAUUCCAAAAAGGGGACUGAGCCCCCAGUAAUUGGUCCAACGGAGGAUGUUAGUUUACCGGAGGGAUUCUUCGACGAUCCUAUUCAAGAUGCAAAGGCCAGAGGGAUUGAGUACAAGGAUCCCGAAGAAGAAGAAUGGGAAGCAUUCAAGAAAGAAAUCGCUGUUGAAGUAGCAGUAGCUCAAGACAUACAGGCGGAGGGUGAGCUGGAGGAGACGGCGGAGAGACAGAUGGAGGAGAUAGAAGAUCAAAUGCGGGCUUGGAGCCGGGUUCGAGAAAUAGAAAUUAAAAAGGAUGAAGUUGAUGAGAAGUUGAAAGCGAAGAAGAGUAUUAAAGAAGAAGGCGACACCUCGGACGAGGAACUGGAGGAUCUAGAAAUGGACGAAUUCUUGGAUUGGCGGCUGAAAAAGUCAUAAAAACUGAUCAUGUAAUCAAUGUGAUCUUGUGGUCAUGUCAUCAUGUGAUCAUGUGAUCUUUGGUAAAGUCAUCAUGUGAUUAUGUGAUCUUGUGAUCAUGUGAUCAUGUGAUCAUGUGAUCUUGUGAUCUUGUGAUCUUGUGAUCUUGUGAUCUUGUGAUCUUGUGAUCUUGUGAUCUUGUGAUCUUUUAAUCAUGUCAUCAUGUGAUCUUGUGAUCUUGUGAUCUUUUAAUCAUGUUAUCUUGUGAUCACGUGAUCUUGUGAUCAUGUGAUCAUGUGAUCUUGUGAUCUUGUGAUCUUGUGAUUAUGUGCUCUUGUGAUUAUGUGAUCUUGUGAUCUGUGAUCUUAUGAUCAUGUGAUCUUUAGAUCUUGUUAUCAUGUGAUCAUGUGAUCUUGUGAUCAUAUGAUCUUUUGAUCAAGUGAUCAUAUGAUCUUUUGAUCAAGUGAUCUUGUGAUCAUGUGAUCUUGUGAUCUUGUGAUCAUGUGACCUUGUGCUAUUUGUCAUCAUAUUAUUAUCAAUCUUUGACCCAACUCUAACAUCGUUCAAUUCAUCGUUAUUCAAUUUUCACAUCUUGAGAUUUUUUUCUUUAGAAUCUGACAGUUUUAUUUUAGUAAUCAUAGACUUUAAAUGACAAAGUUUAACCUGAUUUAAGAGCUAUUAAAAAUGACCUUUAUAAUGUUAUUAGAAAUAUUCAGAAAGUUUUAAAA